GCAUUCUCUCGCCAGUGUACGUUGGGGAAGUGUAGGAGAAGGUUGUGUCGAAGCGUUCCUGCGGCGGGCCCGACUCGGUCGCUCGCUCCUUCGCGUGCCUCUCUUCGCCAGUUGUGCGGAGACACUGUGUUCGUGAUUCGUGGAAUUGUAUGAAUCUUUUUGAUGACUUUGUCACGAAGUGCCUCGUGCCGUGGAAACUUCCGAUGCAAUUCGGAAUGGAUGACAGAUUAAUGAGAAAAUUAUGUGAUAGAAAUAGUGAAAAAAAGUUAUUUGAAUAAAUAUAGUUCAACAAAUUUGACGAUAGAAAGAGAGAAGAAAAAUUAGAAAGACUUGCAUAACUUUUGACAUUCGCGGAUUACGAAACUUGCGGUAACACCCUUUCGGAACUGCUCUCUUCGAAGCCACGCCAGAAAUAAAAAAAAGAGAAAAGAAAAGACGUGGAAGGGAGGGGGAGGAGGACGGACGAAUAAGCUCGCCCAUAAAACAGAUAUUCCUCCCUGACAACAGAAAAAAACGGGGUAAAGAAAAGAAAACAUAAGAAAAGGCUCCGAUAAUUUUACGACAACCGGUGAUGGCUUUGUGCAGGACCCUCGUUUUGGCCGCUGUCACGGCUCUCUUGACAGACCGGAGCACCCUGGCUGUCAACGACAACGAACGCCUUCCCAACGGCCUUGAAGACAGUCCCUUGACGGAGGUGUGGGGCGUGGUGGGGGGGAAGGUGCUCCUGCCGUGUGACAUGAACCCCCCCCUGCAGAACGACUCCACCCACCUCGUCCUCUUUUACCACGGAGCCCUCGGGACGCCCAUCUACAGCCUCGACUCCCGCGGCAAGAGCCUGGAGCACGCGAGCCACUGGGCGGAGCAGGACCUGGGCCACCGGGCGGUCAUGAGGGUGAACCGCAAGCAGCACGGGCUCCUCCUCGAGGACAUCCAGCUCAAGGACCAGGGCAUGUACCGGUGCCGCGUGGACUUCGUCGAAAGCCCCACCAGGAACGUGCGGGUGCGCCUCAGGGUCGUCGUGCGGCCGCGCAGCAUGACCAUCACCAACGACCUUGACCCCAACCACAAGGUCGGCGACGUCGUGGGGCCUUUCGCCGUGGGCGCCGUCGUUAACAUCUCCUGCCAGGUGCUGGGAGGUCACCCAAGGCCGAAGGUCACGUGGUGGGAGGGCGGGUCACUCCUGGACGACGUGAACGAGCUCAACGCAAGUCACGUGAUCAGGAACACGCUGUCACUCCCGCCUCUGACGCGUCGAGACUUGCACAGGAACAUCACGUGUCAAGCCAGGAAUUCCAACUUGGUUUCGCCACUGACGAGCACGAUCACGCUGGACAUGCACUUUCCCCCGACCUCCGUCCGACUGGUGGGGAGGUCAGACGUGGUCAGGAUGAAGGAGGGCGUGACGUACCAGCUGGUGUGUGAGGUCGAGGGGUCGCGACCAGCUGCCGUGAUCAGCUGGUGGAAAGAUGGAGAAGCUCUACCUGAUGACAUGGCGAGGAUCGACGUGAUGGGCCCCUACACCACCCGCUCGACUCUGACCUUGACCCCGGCGGCGGCGGAUGACGGCUCGUCACUGACCUGCAGAGGCUUCAAUCCAAACCUUUCAAAAGUGCUUGAAAAUUCAACCAAACUCUCUGUGCUUUAUAAGCCACAUAUGGAGCUUCAAGCGGGGCUGAAUAUCGACUUAAAGGACAUAGAAGAGGGAGACAACGUCUACUUUGACUGCAUAGUUGAUGCCAACCCUGCGGUGACAGGAGUGCAGUGGGCGCAUAAUGGAGUGCCCCUCAAGACCAACCUUACGCGCGGAAUUCAAGUGAGUCCGUCAAAGCUGAUUCUGCAGGAGGUUACGAGGGACGCGACGGGGUUCUACACCUGCGCCGCCGCCAACACAGAGGGCGCGAGGACUUCCAACUCGCUGCAGAUGGACGUCAAGUUCCCGCCCACGUGCGUCGGGCAGCAGCAGCUGACCUACGGCGCCGCCAGACACGAGACCCUCGAGGUGCCAUGCCAGGUCAAGGCACACCCGAUGCCUCUCUUCUUCCGCUGGGCCGUCAACUCCUCCACGGGCCUCGUCGACGUCCCCCUCAACCUCUCCACCCCCCAAGGCCCCCUCACCAGCGUCGUCCGGUACACGCCGCAGACCAACCUUGACUUCGGCGAGCUCUUGUGUUGGGCGAGUAACGAGCUCGGCCAGCAGAGGGAGCCGUGCGUCUUCAGCGUUAUUCCAGCGGCCAAGCCCGAGCCGGUGAGCGAGUGCGUGGCCGAGAACAACGCCACGAUGCCCUCAACGUAUGCGGUGCUGUCGUGUCUUCCGGGCUGGAACGGCGGCCUGGCUCAGAGCUUCGCGCUGGAGGUGCGGCAGGCGGCGAAGGAAGAAGUCCUCGAGAAGUUUCGACAAGCGCCGGAACCCGUCUUUAUCAUCACGGGGCUGAAGGAGGGCGUGCACUACCUCCUGACGGUGACGGCCGCCAACUCCCGCGGCUCGAGCCCCCCGGUCACGCUCAACUACACGACCCCGGCGGCGGCGACCCGAGACAAGUUCUUUUCCAGCGACGGCGAGGGGGCCAUCCUGCCUCUCACGCCCUACAUGCUGCUACUGGUGGUGGUGCUGGUGGGCGUGGUGGCGCUCGUAGGCGUGGGCGUGAUGGUGGUGAAGAAGGCCCGGCGAAGGAGAAGCGGCGCGGACAUCAUGUACAAGAGCGGCGGCGAAGCGACUCUCACGAACCACGCCGACGGCCCGACCAUCGUAUGUGUCGAGAGAGAUUGUGAGAAAGAUGAGUUGAUGAAGGCGCCUGCGAUACUCACCUCACCCGUCAUAGACAUCUUGCCUAAUCACGUCACUCAUCUCAACAACGUCAUCCCCCCGCCCCCCAUGGAGAACGAGGUCCUCCUGCGUGACAAAGGAGGAGGAGGAGGAGGCGGAGGAGGAGGAGGAGGAGGAAUCGGAGGCAGGCGAGAAGCAGACGUAGUAGGAAGCACCCGGUCCAUCUACCCGAACGGCCUGGCUCCGCUCGCCCGCUCGGACUCGCCCUCCUCAAGGUCCUCCCGCUCCUCGUCGUCCACGGUGGCCCUCAACCCCGACUACCUGACGAAGGCCCUGGAGGAGGUGGCUAUGGGCCCCCUAGCGCCCUCGGGUCGUGGAGGGGCGCCGCAGGAGAGCACGGUGUAGUAAAUAGGAAGAGAGAAGAACGAAAUGAAGAGGAAACGGAGGAGAUGUCCCCCUUCUGCGUGAGGGUCGAGGGUGUGGGGCGGAGGGAGUCUCGCUGUGUCCUCCUCAGCCCUCUCCUGCUGGAAAGAGAUGACGAAGCGUUAACUGAUUAAAAUGUUCUCUGUUAGAAUGUUAGGUGAACGUGGAUUGUAACUUAAUAUCAGUGUUUUUUUUUGUAUAUAUGUAAAACGCACACACACACAUAAACACACUCACUCACUCACUCACACACACACACACACACACACACACACACACACACACACACACACACACACACACACACACACACACACACACACACACACACACACACACACGCACGCACACACACACAAUCACUCGCACACUCACACACACUCUCACACACACGUAUACACAGAACCAAUCUCGUACUUACAUAACUACUUGAGUACUUGACAAACGCGACCAAAGUAGACUGAGAGCAAAGACGGAAGUAAUUCUGCAGGAUUCGCCAAAGAAUUGUAUCAUAGAAACUCAUUACCAUUAUUAUAAAAUGAUGACAACAUAUCGACAAAGUCUUGAAACAAAAACAAAAAAAACAAACUAGCCUAAGAAAAAAAGAAAAAGUGUUGAUAUAUGAUAUACUGUGAAAAGAAAGUGCCACUUUUGGUAAAUUGUGAUAAGUGUUUUGUGUAAAUAAUAUAAAAUAAGAUACGUGGUCUGUGACUUUAGAGGAAGCCACGCUACUCCGUGUGUUUUUUGUUGACAAUUUGAACAAAAUGAUUUUGUUAUGGAUUAGAUGGAACUUUAUUUUGCCACUGGAAUGCUGUGCCGCUUAUAGUACUUUUGUUACAUGACGUUGAAUAUUGAUUGUAAAUUAUAGAUCAUAUCUUUGUCUUAGCAGAAAUUGAGAGAGAGAGAGUGAGAGAGAGAGAGAGAGAGAGAGAGAGAGAGAGAGAGAGAGAGAGAGAGAGAGAGAGAGAGAGAGAGAGAGAGAGAGAGAGAGACAGAGAGAAAGAUUCAAGUACAACGUAAUGGCUUGAAAAUUCCAACGGGAUGUCACUUUUUCUUAAAGCAUAUAUUUGCAAAGUAACAUCAAGCUAAUGUAUCAAAAUUAACAAAACAAAGAUAAUAUGAUGUUUACAUUAGCCUACAUGGAAAUAUAUAUAUAUAUAGUGCAUCCUUGACUCGUAUGCUCAUCCCCUCGUAUAUUUCUCACACGAACUAUCUGUAAAAAGAUGUCUGCUCAAGAAACGACCUCAACGGGAGUGGUGGUUUGGCCGAAAUGCCAUGGUUAACAGAGAUGUAUUUUUUGUAACCCCGUAUGUCUUUCUUUUUCAUAGCUAGACUCUGUACCCUUCAAGGAACGGGUUAUCAGUUUAUGAUUAUGUUUACAAAAGAAAUACAGUCAUUAAACUGGAAAGUGGAAACUUAUUGUGUCCUAAAUAGCAAAUAAUUUUGCUGGUAAACUUGUAAACAAGGUAUCCUAUUAUUUUGUAAACCCUACUUCAUACUUCUAUUAACACCCCGAUCAACGCUCUGAUUUGUGUAUCCUGUUACUUUUAUAUGUGAUAGUGUGAUGACGUAUAGUGAAACACGGUUACUAUGAACGUCUGUUGCUCGGAUCAGUGUGAAGCAGAUAUGUUUAGAGAAAAUGAAAUAGAAAAGAAAAGAAAAGAAAACGAAGAUAAAAACUUGAGAUCAUGCAAUGCGUUUUAUUGGGCGUGUGCUUUGAAAAGAGGGAGAAAGAGAGAGAAGAAGAUACAAAAAAAGAAUGAGAGAAGGAAAGAAAGAAAGAAAGAAAAAAAUCUACGUAAAAGACCAUGAAACUUUAAACCUCCCUGUAGCUUGUGCAAGACAUUCGCGUCUUCCUUAAGGCAGAGACGCACCAAAGACAACUUCCAGAAGCACCAACACGAAGAUAGUUUCCUCAUACCCCUUUUCUACAGCUCGAGUGCUAGGGUGUUCGUAGAGUUGUUAUUUUCUAAUACUAAUGUGCCUUAUUACGUAGCGAUGUAAGGAACAGUGACAUACAGAGUGUAGGGACAUUUAUUUUUAUGUGUGUUCUUAGCCAUCCUUUCGAAAUUAAUUAUGUUACCAUUGUAUUAUUUUUCAUCCAUCUCUUGGUUAUUCAUUGAAUUUUUUUUUUCUUUUUUUUAUUCGCCUCUUCGUUUCGCGUCCUUCCAUUUUUUUUUCUUUCUCUCUUACUUUCUUUUUUCGUCACUUUUCUCUUUAUUUUUCUCUCUUGCACAACGCGAGCCUUCUUCCUUUUCUUAUUCCGUCCCCUCCUUCCUUCUUUCCUUCCUCUCGCCUCUCCUUAUUCUCUUCUUUUUUUGUUUUUUUCCUUUUUCUGAGUCAUGUUAGUUUCGUUGGAAAGUCAUUCUUAUGUCCCCGUAUGUAAGGAUCCGAUUCCCAUGUUCAUCCAUGUGUAACUUUGUUGUUUUUAUGGUCUCCAUGUUUGUCUUCAUGUAUGUGUCUGAAGUCAAAGGUCUGUAGACCCCCCCCCCCCCACAAACACAAACAAACAAACAGACACACACACACAAAAACACAUACACAAACACACACACACACACACACGCACACACACACACACACACACACACACACACACACACACACACACACACACACACACACACACACACACACA